AUGGGCGCCGGCUGGUCAUCAGACCACCCUGAGGAGCCCUUAUUCUCAGCUGCUGAUCUACGACAGCCCCCCAAUCCACCCAGCCAGUCCAAAUACCCUCGUUGUUAUGGGGAUGUGGUCCCUUCGGUCUGUAGCGACCGGCCAGAGGACUUUUACGACGAGCUGUAUGAACAGAUGUACUUUGUGCAGCAUGCCUACCAAGACUGCAUCGUGGCCUUUCAACAAUGCGAGAAAGAAAAUCCCCGUGUCGACCCCGAGGAGUGGUUGUUCAUUGCUGAGCGAAUCCCCCGGACCAACCGAUUGAUCUUCACCCCCGUAUCGUUAAGUGAGCAAACCCUCCCCGCCUGCUCAUCUCUGUCAAUCACCGCUAGAACACCGCAACUCUGUGUGGUGGGAGUAGAUAUCUUGGCCGUCUCCCUGUGGGAUAUCUGCUGGAGAAGCUAG